UCUUCCCUUCAGUUCUGUGUUGUCUGUCGAAUCGGUCGUGUGUGUUGUCUCUCGUGCGUAGACUCGUUUCGCCUGCCAGUUCCCGUGGAUUUCCUCUCAAAACCUCCAUCCAUAAUUGCUGUUGCCCCACAGUAUUAUUAUUAUCCGCUUUCCAAAUAGUGGAUUGUAAUCAUUGCGCCACGAAACGAGGCGAAUUCCGAAUAUUUUCGGGUGUGAUUUGUGUAAUCCGUGUAGUCUCGGGAGCGAAUAUCCGUGAAUAUUAUUGUGUGUAAGAAAUCGAAAUCAUCUUGUGGUUGUAACGCAGAUUAACCGACGAAAGUGGAAGAAAAAGAUAAGUGUUUGUCACACAAAACGGAUCGCCACGGAGGAAGAGAAGACGGCCAGUUGUAUAGGGACACCGUGCGUGCAAAUAGGCAGUGAUUGUGAAUCGAAACAAAAAGCCAAGCUCCUGUUUUUCGCGUGCUUUUCACCGCACUCGUCUCGCAUCACGUUUAGUGUUGUGUGUACCGUCGUGCGAAAGCAAACAUCGACUAACUAGUAGUAUCGGGCCGUAAUCCGUCCGUGUGGCUGGCUAGUGGCGAUCGCGUGUCGUAAAUCCGCGAGUAAAAGUUGAAAGCUUUUUCCAGAUUAUUUUCCGAUAUUUUGGAAGGCGAAUCGCUGAGGUGAAUCGCCAGUCGAACGUCCAUCGAAGGAGAGGCACUUGCUUGCCACCGGAGCAGAGGAAGCAGCCAGCGCCAGCGGUGUAACAAAUCCCGAAUUGCCGUACCAGGCAGUCGGGCGUAGUGCUGGCAGUGGUGCAUCGCCGGUUUCCACUUUUUAUUUUCGCUGACUGAACCGUGGCUCCACGGUCUUCCGUGGUUUGACGACGACGGAGUCAACCGAAGGAGCCAAACCAUCAUCACCAACAGCAGUUACCCAACCAAGCAGCAGCGGUGCGGCAGCACAACGCGGCACCAACAACACAGCAGACACGGACAACACGGAGCCAACAGACGACGAUGGAGGUAAGCAAUCACACAACUUCGACCCUCAGUCGGAGCAAUAGCCGAACAAGUUCAAAUUCCGAACUGGAGAAGGAGCUGAUCGACCUGGAAAUCAGCGGCACCAUCAACAAAUCCAGUACACUCAAAAAACGGAUCUCAAGCAGCCGGACGCCGGCGAAAAAAGCCAAGCGAAUACGGUUUUAUCGGAAUGGUGAUAAGUUCUAUUCCGGUAGCAUCAUACCAGUAUCGGGGGAGAGAUAUAGGUCAUUUGAUAGUCUAACAGAGGACCUAACGAGACUGUUAGAAGAUAGUGUCACGCUGACGGGCGCCAUUCGGACAAUUUACACCCUCGAAGGCAGAAAGAUUGAAAAACUCGAAGACCUCGAGGACGGUAAAAGCUACGUAUGUUCCUGUAAUAAUGAAGGUUUCAAAAAGAUAGAUUACAACACUACCAAUAAUAGUAAUUCAACGGCAAAGAAUGCAAAUAGACUGUCUAGGCUAAUACGUCCAUUAUCGCCAAUCAAAAAUGGCUCCAACGGAACAACACCUCUCAAAGAAAUUAGUUCCGUUGUGCAUCCUAGGCUUGUAACUCUAAUUAGGAACGGCGUGAAGCCUCGUAAGAUUCUUCGGUUGCUACUGAACAAACGUAACAGUCCAACGUACGACCACGUGCUGCAGGCGAUCACGCAAUGCGUCAAAUUGGACACCGGCUGUGUGCGGAAGGUGUUCACCCUAACGGGGGCGCCGGUGCUCAAGCUUGCCGAUUUCUUCGGCGAAGAGGAUGUCUUCUUCGCCUACGGGAACGAACGGGUUGGGAACGACGACUUCGAGCUGGAGCCGGAGGAGCGAAAGACAAUCCAAUCGAACAAGAAAACCCUGCGGAGCAACACGACACGGACGGGACCCAAACCGAAGAUGCCCAUCAAGAGCCACAACGAUACGUUCGUGUGCGUGGAUGAAACGCUACUCAAUGGGGUCGUUUCGCCGGACUCGUUACCGCUGGAACUACAGAGCAAAUAUACGCUGGGAUCGAUAAUAGGUGAUGGUAAUUUUGCAGUGGUACUGAAACUCAAGGAUAGGUCAACAAACGUUGAACAUGCACUGAAAAUUAUCGACAAAUCAAAGUGCUCAGGCAAGGGCCACUAUCUCGCGGCGGAGAUUCGUGUGAUGAAGAAGUUGAAUCACCCGUAUAUCAUCCAGCUGAUACAGGAUAUCGAAACGAUGAACAACAUGUACCUGGUGCUGGAGCUUGUUCGAGGUGGCGAUCUGUUCGAUGCCAUAACGAGGGUAACGCGGUUUUCGGAAAAUCAGUCCAAGAUCAUGAUGAAGCAUCUGGCUUCUGCCAUGUCGUACAUGCACGCCCUCAGUAUCGUGCAUCGGGACAUCAAACCGGAGAACCUACUGGUUGAACUAGACAAAGAUGGCAAUGUAGUACUGCUGAAAUUGGGUGAUUUUGGACUGGCCUGCGAAGUUACCGAACCAUUGCUAUCGGUAUGCGGAACUCCAACCUAUGUAGCACCAGAGAUCCUGAUGGAAACUGGCUACGGAGUGAAGAUUGACGUCUGGGCAGCCGGUAUUAUACUGUACAUUCUGCUGUGUGGCUUCCCACCAUUUGUGUCACCGGACAAUCAACAGGAGCAACUGUUCGAUGCUAUCCUGAACGGAUUCUUUGACUUCCCGGCACCGUACUGGAACAAUAUCGGAGACAGUGUACGUGACCUCAUUAUCAACAUGCUGCAAUCCGACCCGGAGCUGCGGUUUUCCAGCGAAGACAUUCUUGACCACCCAUGGCUCACCAGCAACGUGGUGGACGACACACGCGAUCCCAACGGGUAUCGAAUUAUUUCCAAUUUGGUCUUCUAGAAAGAUUCCGCUAUCAGACCAUUUUCCCCUACCGUUUUGUGUGUAUGUGCUGUUUAUGUUAUGAACGAGUCAAAAGCGUAAUUGGACAUUUUGGAAUGAGCAUUGCCGCAUGACAACAACUAAUGGAAGAAAAAAACCUAUCCUUAUCACCAUUAGCGAAUCUACCUAUCACAAGUGUAAAUCACAAUCUGCAAAUUUUAUGUUUGUUUUAGAUAGUCACCAAAAUUUCUGUGAUCAUUAAGUUGCAUUAGUUUGCACUAAAACAGAAUGCCUUUUUUCACCAAUAUUUCACAACAUCCAUAUUGCAAGUAUUUCCUUAUUAGUUAGCAGCACCUACUUGUGUGAAGAAUCUACACGAAAGCCGUAGCACUAUUUAUCGAAAGAAAACAUUGUACAUAGCAUGAUUAAAAUAGUCAUUUCUUUUUUACCUCUCGUUUUCUUCCAUCCUCUAUUUCAUAUCAGUACCGCAUGAGGUAGCAGGCGAAAAGGCAGUGAUGUUUAUGGAUGAAGAUACUCUUUAAGACGAUACAUAAAAUUAAUUGAAAUCAAGAAAACGCCAAAAAACUGAGUUAUUGGGUACUUGAACUGCAUGUUUCAUGUGAAAUCAGAAAUCGCAGUCCGCGAGCGAGCGAGUGUGUUGUGAACUGCUAUUGCGUUGGCAUCGGAUAAGCGCUUAUCUAUCGAAUCAUCCUGUACAUAUGUAUUUUUAGGUAUUUAUAUGAAGUGAACACAAUGAACCACUAGCCUGGCAUCAAAGAAUUACUACUGCACAGUAGUAUACAGAGAAAUGCCACUAUCGAAAUGUACUAUCUUGUCCCAUUGCUUCUUUUAGAAUGGUGGUGAAUUAUCAUCACGACCACAGCCCAGAAACAGAAAGUAUAUUUUUGUUUGUUCGUUGUAAUUAUUGCUGUUAGGCAAUUGCAGAAUUUUAUUCAUUUGAAUAAUUUAGGCUUGCUUAUUUAUUAGGUUCUAGGUUGAUGUUAGCUCAAUUUAUGUGUUGACCUUGGCGAGGUGAUGCCAGAAUAAUAAGAAAACCGAGAAAUUGCAAUCCGUUCAAGUCUAGUUGUUUUAGUUAAGUAAUGCAAAUGUCUAUUGUGUACAUUAAGUUUAUUUAUGUUAGCUAUCUCGUUUCUAUUCGGUACUAAUUUAUUUCCAGCUUUAUUUUUCAGAACUAUUUGUAACACACCCUAAAUUCAUUAUACUCGUUUUGUUUGUGAAAGUCAUUUUCAUUUGGAGCACGUGUUGAUAGUUUUUCUUUCUAUUAUAUUUCAUUUUCGAUUAAGUUUGUUUUGUUAGCAGCAGACGAGAUAGAGACCAACAAUCACAAUCAAAUAUGAAAGCAUUCAUGUGUGUAGAAAUAAAAUGGUAUGAAAUUUCGUGAUUCAGACUUGUAGAAAGGAUAAGAGAUUUCUCU